CAGGCAAGUGCUUGCAUGUCUAAUCUGCUAAUUAUUUUCUUUAUCAUGCAACUUUUUGCUGUGAUUGCUGUGAACAAUAAUGAACAUUAUGAGACGGUAAAGCCUCCUGUUGUUCGGCAAAGAGGACGUUCUAAAGUCACAUCUGAGAAUGUUGACCUGGAAAGGGUUGGCCCUUCGCCUUUACUGCAGAAGAGUCACAGCAUGCAGGUCAGUAGCUAGGGAGGUCAGCACAUUAAUAACACUUUAUGGUGGCCCAAAUUAAUAAUUUUUGGUUGCUUGUUUAUCAUUCUAGGAUCUUAAAUUUUUGGAAAUACAUACUUCAUAUACCCUAGAAACAAGAAUGUGUGCAUAUCCUUGUAUCAUUGUUUAUCUAAUGGUAGACAACUGUUUAUUUUUCAUUCUCUUUUCAAUAUCACCAACCAUUUGGCAGACAAAUACUCUUCAGAGGGUAUUGUUUAGCCAUUUAUUUUUGGUGUUUUAACAUUGUAACUGAUACCAAUGACCUGUUGGUCCGAGUGAAAGGAGUUCGGUUUCCCUUAAGUAAGGUCUCGAGUUUGAAUCUUGUGAAUGGAGAAACAGGUGCUGGGAGAGUUUCCCCCUAAUGGGGUUCGACACAGCUCGAUUUCGCAUUAGUUGGGACCCAAUUCGGUUACAGGAUACCGAAAGGUUAAUACAAAAAGAAAAAAAAAACAUUGUAACUGAUGACUGAUGGAUUUCUGACAUAUUUCUGUCAACAGGAGGCAAUUCUAACUCUAAUGAAGCAAAUCUCUGUUGCUGAUCAUGCAGCCAACUGCCCAAUCAAGGGAGGAAGUUCACUACCUAAUACUGUUUUUGGAGAAAAAUCUUUGCUAUUUAAGCACUCUGUGGUUGUACUUAGAUUGUUAUCUGUUUGCUAACUAAUUAUCAAGCUACUCAACUUUCAGAUUCACCAUCUAUUAGAAUCAGCCAACACAUUCCUGGAAAUAGUUGCCUAACUCUGCAUAUAGUUUAUGAAUCUCUUCCUAUUUUCCCCUAAAAGAAUUGUCUGCUGUUAUAAUAUUGUGGCUAUGUUUGUUGCCUGGUUUACACUACAAUUGCUUAUGCCUUAGCAUCAAUGAACUUGAUAAAUUGUU